CACAAUCGCGUGCUCUAUCCGCUCUGGGCGGUUGGGCCUCAGUUUCCUGAGGGGGCGGAGCAGUCCCUCCCCGCCGCCCGCUGCGCUGACCCUGCCUCUCCUCCCCGCAGCACAACGUCCCAGGCCGCCGCGGUCUCCCCAGAACGAUGCCGCUGCCCGACACCAUGUUCUGCGCGCAGCAGAUCCACAUCCCCCCGGAGCUGCCGGACAUCCUCAAGCAGUUCACCAAGGCUGCCAUCCGUACGCAGCCGGCGGACGUGCUGCAGUGGUCGGCGGGGUAUUUUUCAGCCCUGUCCAGAGGAGACCCACUUCCUGUAAAGGACAGAAUUGAAAUGCCUGUGGCCACACAGAAGACUGACACAGGCCUGACCCAGGGACUCCUGAAAGUCCUGCACAAGCAGUGUAGCCACAAGCAAUAUGUGGAGUUAGCAGAUCUUGAGAAGAAGUGGAAAAAUUUGUGCCUGCCAGUAGAAAAGCUCAGAACGAUCCUGGAGCUGGAUCCAUGUGAGGACAAAAUAGAGUGGAUCAAGUUUUUAGCGCUCGGAUGCAGCUCCCUGGGCAGGACCCUGAACACGGCCAUGAAGAACGUGUGUGAGAUCCUCACCUCUGACCCGGAGGGCGGGCCUGCUCGCAUCCCCUUUGAAACCUUUGCCUAUGUUUACCAGUACUUGUCUGGACUGGACCCAGAACUCCCGGCCGUGGAGACCGAGAACUAUCUUACCAGUUUAAGACUGAUGUCAGAAUCUAGAAAGAAUGGCAUGAUAGGACUUUCGGACUUCUUCGUUGGAAAAAAGAUAAUAUAGAAAGCCUUGAAGAGAAAGCUCUGGAAGCAGAGCAUUGAUACUUGUUUAAUGUUGAAGCCAUGCUUAGGAGAAACCUUGGCGCCAAAUACAGCUUGUCAUUACCUGUG